UCAUCCGACCCCGACACACGCUAGAAUAGACAUGUGCGCAUGCCAACAACGCGUGUGUUGGUAUGAAAGAAGGCCGCUGAUUGGUCGCAUUCAAUCGGCUAAGCGAAUAAAGCCGGCCUCACAUUGAGAGGUGAAACGAGAAAUGUGAAAUCUGAAACAUGAAACGCGUGUGACAAAGAAUGACAACAAAAAUUGUAAUGGCAGCCAACACAUAGGACGUGGCUUGAAACUUGUAACGUGAAAAGCGUUUCAACACGUACACGUUGAGGUGAAAUCAAGGAGGUUAUACAGUAAAGUCCUUGGGUGAAAUGAGCCUAUCAUUUUUUGUGUGGCGUGUGGCCACUGACGACUGACGAGGGCUCAAGCAAGCCACGCUGGUGGUGAUAGUGAUAGCCGACUUUCACCGGCUUCCUUUGACAUUUACAUUAGGCGGGGAACAAAAUUGGAGAAUCAAAAUUUCCUUCAACAUUUUUAUUUUGAAAAAACAAAACAAUGUGAUAUUCGGAAUCAACAUAUCAAAAUUAGCAAAGUCCAGGCGUUAAAGACCGAUUUUAAAGCUUAGUUCAAAAGAUUUAUAAAAAUACUGUGCAGUUUACUUGUCAACACAAGAGUCUCCUAACUAUAAAUUUGGGGCUAUCUACCCCAGCUCUCCGCAUUGAUCGCCGUAUCAGCAAGUAAGCAUACACGUCUAUCACUAUCAGAAUGGAUGAUUAUAGAAAACUUGUAAUUGAGUUAGUACAAGCCGAGCCAAUUAUAUGGGACCCUACUCAUCGAGACUACAAAAACAGAGAUCAGAGGAAGCAAGUCUGGGAUUCAAUUGAUGCACAGCUGAAACAACCAUCAGGCACGCAUAUGAAGGCCAAGGCAACCUGGGAUAUGCUUACAAAAAGCUACUCCAAUGCUCUCAGGAGGAAACUGAAAAGAUCUGGCAGUGGAGCAGACAACGAAAAGGACUGGAAAUUUCAAAAAGAAAUGAUGUUUCUCCUGCCUGCAAAGCAGCUGCGUUUAUCGUACGGCAACCACCCAAACAUUGAGCAAGACAUGGAUCUACGUUAUUGUGACCAUAUUGAUUCUCGGGACAGCACAGAAUUACAUGCAGUGGCCAGUGAACUGGACAUUGCUAUAGAAAAAGACAAUCCUAUAAAUCUGGUGACAAGCCCACCUCAAGACAGCUAUUCGUCGACAAGUGAAUCUCAAGACCAAAUAGGCCUACCUAGAUGUAGACGCAGAAGAGAAGAGACACGGGGCGUCAAUAAGUGCAGAGGAGAAGAAAUACAGAGUGAUGCUGAAAUCCUUAAUCUGCUGAAACAACGACAGGCUGAAAAAUCAAAAGAGUCGCCAAGGCUCAACUUUUUUCGUUCUAUUAUGGAGACUGUUGAUUCGCUGGAUCAGUAUCAGUUCAUGAACUUUCAAAUGGACGUAAUACAGGCUUUGAAAAAACAAAAAGAAAAAGCUGAUCAACAACGAAUAAAGGAUGAACAGCCGAUACAGUACACGCACUCACAAAGUUCGGGUGCAUCUACUAGUACUGCCACGUACAAUCCGGUUUAUUCUCCGGAAAACAGCGAGUACUUUUAGUAAAGGACUUCGUGUAAACCUCUUCACACAUUUAGUAGACUAACAUAAUUUCUUCUCUUGUUCCAUGAAUGACAGUUGAUUAAUAAAUAUUAAGAAUGUUA